GGCGGGGCCGGGGCCGCGGAGGAGGAACGCCCCGGCCCCGCCCUCCGGCCGCCCCGUCGGGAAACCCUGGAGCGGCGCGGCGGCCGGGCGGCUGCUCUGCCUCGGCGCGACAGGAGAAAUAAAGGAGACGAACCCUGCUUCGGGGACCAGAAGGCAGUGCCAGAAAGAGUGAGCUGGAGUGACCUGGGUGGCUCACAUUCCUAGAGGAGGCCAAGACCCCACAGUGUGGCCACCACGACAUAUCAAGCUAUUUUCAGGGUCAGGCCUGGUACUUGGAGCUGAGCCUGCUGGGGUCCCCACUGGUUGUGGAGGAUGAGGCUCCUCCGCAGACGGCACAUGACCCUGCGGCUGGCCAUGGUGGGCAGUGCCUUCAUGCUUUUCCUCUUCAUCCGGCAAAAGGACAUAAGUAGCAGGAAGCAGACCACAGAGAAACCAUGGCUGAAGUCUCUGGUGAACCAGAAGGAUCACGUGCUGGACAUCAUGCUAGGGGCUGUGAACAACCUUAGAGAUUCAAUGCCCAAGCUUCAGAUCAGGGCUCCAGAGCCCCAGCAGGCUCCAGUCUCCAUAAACCAGUCCUGCCUGCCUGGGUUCUAUACCCCAGCUGAGCUGAAGCCUUUCUGGGAACGGCCCCCACAGGACCCCAACAGCCCUGGGGCAGACGGGACCGCAUUUGAGAAGAGUGAGUGGACCCCCCUGGAGAUCCAGGAAAAGGAAGAGGGCUAUAAGAAGCACUGCUUCAAUGCUUUUGCCAGUGACCGGAUCUCCCUGCACAGGGCCCUGGGGCCAGACACCCGACCCCCUGAGUGUGUGGACCAGAAAUUCCCGCGCUGCCCCCCACUGCUCAGCACCAGUGUCAUUAUUGUGUUCCACAAUGAGGCCUGGUCCACACUGCUGAGAACGGUGUACAGUGUCUUAUACACCAGCCCUGCCAUCUUGCUGAAGGAGAUCAUACUGGUGGAUGAUGCCAGCACUGAGGAAUACUUGAAGGAGAAGCUGGAACAGUAUGUGCAGCAGCUGCAGAUCGUAAGAGUGGUGCGGCAGGAGGAGCGGAAGGGGCUGAUCACUGCUCGGCUGCUGGGGGCCAGCGUGGCGCAGGGAGAGGUGCUCACGUUCCUGGAUGCCCACUGUGAGUGCUUCCAUGGCUGGCUGGAGCCCUUGUUGGCUCGAAUUGCUGAGGACAAGACAACAGUGGUGAGUCCAGACAUUGUUACCAUCGACUUGAAUACUUUUGCAUUCUUCAAGCCUGUCCAGCGGGGCAGAGCCCACAGCCGUGGCAACUUUGACUGGAGCCUGACCUUUGGCUGGGAGACUCUGCCUGACCAUGAGAAACAGAGGCGCAAGGAUGAGACCUACCCCAUCAAGUCCCCGACAUUUGCUGGUGGCCUCUUCUCCAUCUCCAAGUCCUACUUUGAGCACAUCGGUACCUAUGAUAAUCAGAUGGAGAUCUGGGGAGGGGAGAACGUGGAAAUGUCCUUGCGGGUGUGGCAGUGUGGGGGCCAGCUGGAGAUCAUCCCCUGCUCUGUGGUAGGCCAUGUGUUCCGUACCAAGAGUCCCCACACCUUCCCCAAGGGGACCAGUGUCAUUGCUCGCAACCAAGUGCGCCUGGCUGAGGUCUGGCUGGAUAACUACAAGAAGAUUUUCUACAGGAGAAAUCUGCAGGCAGCAAAGAUGGCCCAAGAGAAAUCCUUUGGUGACAUUUCGGAACGACUGCGGCUGCGGGAACAACUACAUUGCCACAACUUCUCCUGGUUCCUUCACAACAUCUACCCAGAGAUGUUUGUUCCUGACCUGAAUCCCACCUUCUAUGGAGCUAUCAAGAACCUUGGCAUUGAUCAGUGCCUGGAUGUGGGUGAGAAUAACCAUGGAGGGAAGCCCCUCAUCAUGUAUUCCUGCCAUGGCCUCGGUGGCAAUCAGUACUUUGAGUACACAACCCAGAGGGACCUUCGCCACAAUGUCGCAAAGCAGCUGUGUCUACAUGCCAGUGCUAGAACACUGGGCCUUCGGAAAUGUCAGUUCACUGGCAAAAAUAGCCACGUACCCAAGGAUGAGGAAUGGGAAUUGACCCAGGAUCACCUCAUCAGGAACUCAGGAUCUGGUACCUGCCUGACAUCCCAGGACAAAAAACCAACCAUGGCCCCCUGUAAUCCCAGGGACACCCACCAGCUCUGGCUCUUUGUCUAGGCCCUGGAUCAUCCCCAGCAAGCUCCUGUGAUCCUCUCAGGAAACAGGAUUGCUGAGGUCUGACAAACUGACACUAGCUCCUCAAUAGGCCUUAAAAAUGGAUUGCUAAACCCAAUGGAUGUCAAAGCAGGACCAUCUUGCUCCUUGCAACAUUGGACCCAUUUUUUUCCCUCCACACUGAUGGAAGAGUCCUUGAGGACACAUGAUGCUUGGCCUAGGGCUCUCCUUCUGCCCUAGAAACAGAGUCCUCCAAAGCAGAGAAGGCAGCUGGGGGAGGGCCCAGGACAGCAAUGCUGAACACAAGAAGAAUACCUCUGUAUCCCCAUCCUGAAGCCCUGGUCACCCAGAGCACCUGCAGAAUCUAGUGAAACAGGGUGCUCUCAUGGAGGGAUUAGAGGUCAAAGAGAGCCUCCCUUGCUCAUAGCCCAAAGUGUGUAGAACUGAUCAUGAUUCAUAGGAAGUAUCCCAUUGAGUAUCCUUUAUUUUAUUUCAUUUGUCCAAUAAUCCUGUGAGAAAGACAGGACAGGAACCACUGUGCCCAUUUUACUGACAAGAAACUAAGGCAGAAAGAGGUAAAUGAGUCUGUCGUAGUCACACAGCUAGUGGAUAGCUGUAACUAAGACUGAGGCUCUUCACUGCUGAACCAAAGCUCCUUCCACCACACAAGAACACUAGACAAGCCACCAACUUUACUAUGCCCUCUUCACCCCAUUCUGAUCAUUUUCAGUUGGCUGGCUUCCAUAAAGCCUAGAACAAUAGAGCUGUGUAGCCAUGUGGAAGGAGACCACAUUUGGGAAUCCUGGGAUGUUAAUGCUGAAAGAAAGUUCAUGGAAGCAGUGAUUCUCAAGUUUAAGCCCCAUAUAUAAAGUAGAAAAAGCAAAGCAGCAUGGUGAAAAUUGAGGGAGGGAAGGGCAAUGCUCUCCAAUCCAUGAACUUGUAGAGGUCUAUGAGCCUAAUUUGAAAACUGAUAUUUUAGUCCAAUCCUUUAAUUUCAUAUUAUGAAACUGAGACCAGACGAGUGAAUUUGUCCAAGGACACCCAGCAAGGUAUUGGCAACCCUGAGUCUAGAACUCAAGCAGGGACAGUUUGCAGAGUUGAGCAAGACUGAAAGACUGAUCCCUUCCACUGCACUGGCAUAGGCAUGGUAUGGAGUGGACUUGAUGUGCUACCGGCUCUUCGCCCGAGGUAGAAAGCUCCCCCUACUGCCAGGACUGGACUGGUGGCACAUGCCUGUAAUCCCAAAGACACAGGAGGUUGAGACAGGAGGAUUGUGAGUUCAAAGCCAGCCCCAGCAACUUAGUGAGGCCCUAAAGCAGUUUACCAAGACCCUGUCUCUAAGUAAAAUAUUUAAAAGGGCUGGAGAUAUGGCUCAGUGGUUAAGCGCCCCUGGGUUCAAUCCCUGGUACCAAAGAAAAAAAAAGAAAACCCUCCCUUCCCCCCUCUGCCUAGCUGAAAACAAAUUCUGUCCAGGAAGUCUUCUUCUGACAUCAGUAGCAGGCUAUCACCACUUGAGGGUGCCGUGGAACCACAGCUGCCUCCUGUUACCUGCAACUCAACCCUGCAGGAAGCUCCCUGGUACCCUUUGGGAGCCCAUUAUAGAGAAGAUACUCUAGGGUGGCCCAGCCAAAGGGAAAGAAAGAAGUGGCCAGGAUGUGACCUACAGUGGGGAAAAGGAGAAGUUCUUUCUCAGAAACGAGAAUUGGGCCUGGAAUCCCAGUGGAAAUAAAGAUUUUAGGGCAUUGGUAGAAGAAGUGUGUGUUGGGUUCUUUUCCUGCUUUGUCCCUUAGCUGUAUCUGUUGAUUUAGAUUGGGAAGAACCACAUACAUUUGAAAUACUCUGUUACAGUCACUGGCUGUUAUCCCCAAAUAUCUAUGUAUUGGAUGUCAAGUACAUGAAGUUAUGAGGAAGUGUAAGAUGAGGUUAUUUCCCCGUGGAACUUCUACUCUAAAUAAGUCAUGAGAAGCUUGGAGAUGUCAAAAGAAAAAAAAAAGUGCUAUGUGUAUUAGAAGGAACAGUCCCUUCCUCUCAGGGGAAUUGGGAAAGGCCUUACAAAGAAUGACGUUUGAUCUUGUGGAUGGGUGAGUUCUCAGGUGGAAAGAACUCGAGAAGCAGAGAUGUCACACAAACAGUAUGAGCAGGGACACAGAGGGACAAAGAUACAAAAGGUUCUGGGAAACUAAGAAGACAUCAGGGAAAGGAAACAACAGCUAUAGAAGGUAGAAGAUAAGGGCCAUGUUUUAACUUUGAUGGGCCCUAGGCUCUUCAUAGGACCCUUACUCCAUAAAAAAUUAAAAAUUAUAUUUAUGAUUACAUUGGCAUAAGGGUGAAUGCAAAUCUAGAUUCUAUUUACAUCUUUUAAUCUUCAACUAAAGCAUUUUUGUGGGCCCCUAGAAGUAUUAUGGGGCUUGGGCACUCUGCCUACCAGGUAAAUCUGCUCUAUAGAAGAAUGGAUUAGGGCCCAAUUGAGAAAAUCUGUGCUAAUAAGUCAAGUUAGCCAUACUCAUAUAACGCCUGAUCUUUUAUUUUUUAAAUAUAUUAAAUAAUAUAUUUUAAAUAUAUUAUUAAACAAAUACCUUUAUUUGUUUUUAUGUGGUGCUGAGGAUCAAACCCAGUGCCUCAACAUGUGCUAGGCAAAUGCUCUAUCACUGAGCUACAGCCCCAGCCCCAUAAUCCCGGCUCCUGGCCCUACUCUUGGUUGUAUUAAACAUCCAAACAUUUAUUAGUCUUUUUUUUGCCACUUAUUCCAGCUCGCCUCACAGCACCUAUAGCAUCACCCAACAGCUCCCCAGCCAAAUCAUAUCAUGCCCAACCAACUUAUGUUGUGCCAAGAAGCUUCUUCAAGCCUGCCAAAAAAAAAAGCAUAGCAUUGCCCAGGAAGAGUGAGCUAAGAGCAACUCACAGGGAGUGAGAGGUACAGAAGGGGAAGAAAGGACCACAUGCUGUAAUGGUCAAUCUGAAUUGUCAACUGAUUGGAUUAAAAGAUGCCUGAAAGUAAGAGGCUUCUGGAUGUGUCAAUGAGAGUGUCUAGGAUAUAUAUGUUGGUUCUGUUCCUCUAGAGAACCCUUACUAGUACACAUGCCAACUUGGGCAAGGGGAGAUAGGAAGGAGCAAUGGUAAAGAAGAGGAAAAGGAUUUGUAGGAAUGCUAAGAAAUUAGUUUCUUGCCUUCCAGCCACAGCUGGCCUUGCCCUAACUCAACACCUGCACUUUUCCUUAAAACCCAUACCCUGACCAUUCUGAGAGUUAACCUAGAGCCUCUGCCUCUUAAAACCUGCUGCCAUCCCUGUACCAACUAUUUCCCAACAACAGAUCAUUGAAGCCUCUGGGUAUCUAUACCUGACCUGAAGACUGUUGGACCCUUGCUAAAGAUAGCUUAAUAUCCCAGAAUUUAUUUAUUUUGUAAUUACUUAGUUAUUUUGAUACUGAAGAUUGAACCCAGGCAUCCUUUACCACUAAGCUUCAUGCCCAGCCCUAUUUAUUUUUUUAGUUUUGAGAUAGGGUCUCACUGAGUUGCUGAGUCUGGCCUCAAAUUUGUGAUCAUCCUCCUUCAGCCUCCCGAGUCACUGAAAUUAUAAGCAAGCGCCCCCAUACCCAGAAAAUUUAUUCUUUUUAAAUUAUAAAAGUAAUAUAAUAGAACCAGCUGCAGUGACACAUGCCUAUAAUCCCAGUGGCUCAGGAGGCUGAGGCAUGAGGAUCACGAGCUCAAAGCUAGCCUCAGCAAAAGUGAGGUGCUAAGCAACUCAGUGAGACUCUGUCUCUAAAUAAAAAACAAAAUAGGAUUGGGGAUAUGGCUCAGUGGUUGAGUGCCCCUGAGUUCUAUCCCCUUACCCAAAACAAACAAACAAAAGUAAUAUAAUGGAGAAAAAUCGAAUAGUAUAGAAAAAUGUUCCAGACCUAUCAAUUUAUUCUCUACAACUAAUAACUAAUUAUACAUUAAUUUUAUAUGGACUUUUA